AUGGGAUCCAGGACAUCCGCAGAUACAACACGGUCUUCCACCUCUCGAAAGAGGUCUGUUGGAAAUACUUCCCUGCACACAGUUCCAGAGGCUCCACCAACAGAGGAGGAGAUCCUCCAGAAGCCAUGGAAGUUCAUCGGAUACAGUGGAUACGCGAAAUUUAUCUCUUCCGAAGACGACUUCCUUAUCCUUCGUCGCUUUGAUACGCUAAAUACCAGAAUUGCCUUAGCUCUCCAAGACGAAAUUUGCGAACUCGAGGAGGAGCUGUCUGAACUGGACAUCGCGUAUAGCAGGAGGGACUGCGAUGAUCUGAGCAACGGCACUUUCAGAGACGACGACGUGGAGGAACGAAGGACCUUGAUCGGAAAAAUAACCAAGAAAUUGUUUAAAUAUAAUGAAUAUGUGCUUCAACAAUCGAGUUUGAGGAAAUACCCCCAAGCGCCAAGCCGAGAUGUUAAAAGCAUACGAAAUUGGCACUACAACUACGACUACAAGGCAAUAGCAGCAGAGGAGCAAAGUUAUCUAGAUCAUGAAAAGGACUUGUUGUGCGUGGUGCAAAGAGACAAGGCUCCUCUGCGUCGCCUGAUCGACAAAUCGCAGCGGCUACGCACACUCCCAAUAUGGAAGAACAAGACCAAACAAGCUCCAGAUGUUGACAUACAACACGUUUCAUACUAUUCCGACAAACGGAUGGAUGGAUUUGCCUCUGGUGUGAUUGUGGCGGUUGGCGUAAUAAUGCUCAUCACGCCCAUCUGGAUCCUCCAAGCAAUGAAGACUCUACAGGCCAAAUUGGCGGUAAUAACCGUUUUCGUGUUUGCCUUCUUGCUCAUAUUGUCGUUUCCAAUGGCUUCAAAACCAUUUGAGGCUUUGGGUGCAACAGCAGCAUACGCAGCGGUUCUCAUGGUUUUCAUCCAAUUUGGUACUACAUAA